AUGAGACAUUACUUCCCAACUAUGGCUCAAAAAAUUCAGGUUCAACUGAUUCUGUUGCUCCUUUUUCUCUCUUACAUUCUGGCUUGUUCAGCUAAUGUUAAUAGAGAAAGAGACCUCAAGAGAUGGAUAUCUUGGAACGUCGAAAAUCACAAGAAGAAACAAGAUUCUCUUAGAGCCGAGUCGUUCGGUGGAGAAUCGAGUGCUCGUUGGGAUCCGAAGCUAGGGGUGGCUGAAAUGAACAAAAUUCAAAUGAGUGUGAGUCAAGAUGGAACUGGUGAUUUCAAGACUAUCAAAGAAGCCAUUGACAGCAUUCCUUUGCACAAUACUCGGAGAGUGGUGCUGGACAUAAAACCAGGUGUUUAUAGGGAAAAGAUCAGUAUCCCUAGAACAAUGUCUUUCAUAACAUUUUCAGGCAAUGCCGGUGAUCCACCGAGCAUCACGGGCAAUGACACCGCGUCUGCGACCGGAGGAGAUGGGACGCCGCUAAAGACUUACCAAAGCGCCUCGGUUGCCAUUGAUGGGGAUUACUUCGUCGCCAUCAACAUGAAAUUUGAGAAUACAGCUCCGCAUGUCGUUGGAUCGAGAGGAGAGCAAGCCGUGGCACUUCGAAUAUCUGGAACAAAGGCUGCAUUUUAUAACUGUAGUUUCUAUGGGAGUCAAGACACACUUUAUGAUCACAAAGGCCUUCAUUAUUUCAAUAAUUGUUUCAUUCAAGGAUCCGUUGAUUUCAUCUUUGGCUAUGGCAGAUCACUCUAUGAGAAUUGCUAUUUGAACUCGGUGGCCAAGAAGGUGGCCUCUUUGACUGCUCAAAAACGCACAAAUUCAUCAAUAUCAAGUGGAUUUUCCUUCAAAAACUGCACAAUAACAGGUAGUGGUUCGAUUUAUCUAGGAAGAGCAUGGGGCGAUUACUCGAGAGUUAUUUUCUCUUACACAUUCAUGGAUAAGAUUGUUCUUCCCCAAGGUUGGAGUGACUGGGGCAAAACCAGCCGUGAUUCACGAGUGUAUUAUGGAGAAUAUAAGUGCAGCGGACCAGGAGCACACUCGACGGGGAGAGUGGCAUGGGCUAGAUCAUUGACAGACGAAGAGGCCUUGCCUUUUAUAGGCACAUAUUAUAUAGAUGGUGAUGCUUGGCUCAUAAGCCAUUAG